AUGUUCCCCGCCUUGUACGAGUUGCGCCUCACGUUGGAUAACCCGGGACCAUUGCCACUCCGAAGCCUGCAAAUGCUCGAAUCGCCGAGCGUCGUCCCGCCCAUUCGCGCCUUGAGGAUCAAUAUUGGGAGUAAACAAGAUAGUCCUGAUUUUAUCCUCCAAUUGUUGUUGAAUGGCGCGUGGCCUUUGGAGCAUCUGAGUAUCACCCAGCCCGUGUCGAGUUUUCACGGGACACCGUGGGUGACGGCCAAGGAUUUGCACGAGAUCAAUCCGCCUUCGUGGAAGUUGGUCGAGUACAGGACGGAUGCCUUCUUGAAUUGGCAAGUCUUGAUGGAAUGGGUGGCUCUCUACUCGCUCGAGUCGAUUCGGGUCCUCCAUAUGCCUCCCGCGCCCAACAAUAUCACUCUUGGAUUAAUCUCUCCACGUCUCAAGUCGCUCAAUUUGGUGUAUGGUCCGAAUGGGAAAGAGACGUUUGAAGGGAUGGACGAGUACCCGCCGUUCCCCGAGUUGCUCGAGUUGAACCUGACAAAUGCGCUUUUGAUAAGGAAUGCGGGGGCGUAUCAGAGUGUGCCGCAGAGUGUGACGACGUUUGGGACGACGCUCAAGGGUAUGAAGGUCAUGCGCCUCAUCGAGAUUUGUCCCACUAUUCCGAUGCGGAUGGAGCGUGUCAUGGCGUGGUAUGAACCUGGUAUGUGGGGGCUGGAACAAGGGUGGCAAGGUCUCGUCAAUCACUAUACGAGUUAUGAUGGGAGACUAGAAGUCGGCCAGCGCAAUCCCCAGAAUCCACGAUUUGAUGGAUGGGCCGCAAAGAAAUACAUGGAUAGAGUGGUCGCCGGACGGAUGAUUGUCAAGCAGCCAACGCCACCCACCACUCCCAAGCUCUUGC